AGUUGAAGGAAUGCCCGCAGCUAUUGGCUGCUCCACCGCGACGUGGAAUCAAGUUCGGUUGAAAUUCACCAUGUUCAAACGCGUCCAUCACUUUAUUUUUUACCUCUGUAAAUCGGACAGAUGUGCACAGUUGUUGUGCCCCCGGCAUGGAAGAUAUAUCUGGAGCGAUUUGAAUCCUGACGUAUUUUCCUAACUUCACUUCCGGGUUUGACAUCCUGGCCGGACUGCGUCGCUGAAGCGUGGUUGCCAUGGAGUCAUUUGGCAGGCAGGAGUUCUUGUGGUUUCUUGCUGAGGGUUGUGUUGUGCCUACUGCUUGGCAAGGUUUAGAGCAGGUGUGGCAGCUGAUGCUUGUUUGCUGCCUCUGCCGCAUCAUCUGCAGACUGGGUUUUUCAGCGCAUGUCAAGCAUCUGAGCUCAGUGGCAGGGGGCCUUUAUGUGCUCUAUGUGUUCUUUGAGCUAAACACGAUAUGGGUGAUCACACUCAGCCUCGUCUGCUACCUCAUCCUCUUCCUCUGCCGAAGGUCCAAUAACCGAGGAGUAUUUCUUUCCUUGGCUAUCCUCAUCUACAUGCUCAUGGGGGAACUUCAUAUGAUAGAUGCGGAAACUUGGCAUAAGAUGAGAGGUUCUCAGAUGGUGGUGGCCAUGAAGGCCAUUUCUCUGGCUUUUGACCUUGACAGAGGGGUGGUGUCUUCCUUUCCUACAUUGCUGGACUUCCUAGGGUACAUAUGCUUUGUAGGAACAGUCAUCUUUGGCCCAUGGAUUAGCUUCAGCAGUUACAGAGAUGCUGUGGAUGGCCGUAAAAUGAAUUUUGCCUGGUUUGCAAAAAUCGCUCUCAGCUUUAUAAAAAGUCAGGUUUGCCUCGUCAUCUCCACCUGCGUCGCUCCAUAUCUCUUCCCUUACUUCAUUCCCGUAUAUGUCGAUGGACUACCUCACAGAUGGCUUCAUGCCUAUGAGAACGCAGUGUCUUUCCACUUCAGUAACUACUUUGUUAGCUAUCUGAGUGAAACAACUAUGGUUAUGGCUGGGGCUGGAUUUUCUGAGCAUAAAGACAACCUCAAAUGGGAUAUUACAGUGGCAAAGCCUCUCAACGUUGAAUUGCCGAGAUCCAUGGUAGAAGUGGUCACAUCUUGGAACCUGCCCAUGUCUCGCUGGCUGAAUAAAUAUGUCUUCAAGAGUGCACUGAAGCUGGGUACGUUUCCUGCAAUUCUGGUGACCUACACUGCUAGUGCACUACUACAUGGCCUCAGCUUCCAUCUUGGCGCUGUGCUCUUGUCUCUGGGGUUUAUCACGUAUGUGGAGCAUGUUCUUAGAAAGAGAUUAGCAGCCAUUUUCAGUGCCUGCAUACUGUCAAAGCGCUGUCUAAAUGACUGCCAGCAUCAGAACAAAAAGAAUCUGUGGGUGUAUGGGAUUAAUCUGUUCUUCAGCGCAUUGUCCAUAUUUCACCUGACGUAUCUGGGCUCACUCUUUGAUCUGGAUGUUGAGGAUGAAAAGGGAUACUUGGCUAGUCACACUAUACAGACAUGGUCUGAACUAAACUGGGCCAGUCACUGGGUGAUGCUAGGCUGCUGGAUCUUUUAUUGGCUCAUUUAAAGCAAUAUAUGAAAAGCGUAGAUGAUUGUCGUUAUAAAUGUCUCAUCACUUAUGACUUUUCCUCUUGCUUUUUCAGUCCUCUUGAGUUGCAGAGAUGCCGUGAAAUGUGCCAUUCGUCUUGCUUUCACACUUUAUUCUGAUACUGUUUAAAUAUCUAAGUAGUACUGUAUAUUUUAGGCAACAUACAUAGACAUGCUCAUUUUUCUUACAACAUUUUAUAUUUUACCAAAAAUAGCUUAGAGUUGUGUAAAGAUAUUUAUUAUUUUCUAAUAAAAUAUGAUGGUUCAUCUUCUGA